AUGCUCGUCCACUGGCUGCUGCUCGCUGCCCUCCCGCCCGCGCUCGCCGACGCGUCCCCCCGCCUCUUCCACCGCGUCGUCGACCCCGCCAGCCCCGACGCGCCCUUCCGCCCCCGCGCCGUCCUCUCGGUGUCCGCCUCUGGCCCCGCCGCCCGCGCCAGCCUCGCGCCCACCCAGAGCCUCGAGGCCGACCUCUCGCAGUUCGCUGCAACCCUCCACCACACACCCGGCGCGCUCUACCAGGUCGCCCUGGAGCGCGAGGGCGCAGACCCCUCAACAUGGGACAUCUCGUCCGUCAAGGCCUGCUACCUGCCCCACAGCACGUCUGAGGAGAUCACCGUCCACGUAGACUCGGACGGCACACCCUUCACGCUCGACUACUUCGUCGGCCCUAUUCCUCAUGACGGCUCGUGCCCCAAGCUCAAGCGCGGUCGCGGAAAGGGGAGCACAUUGGUAACGGCAGGCGAGGGCUCGCCCGAGAGCGAGAGCGCCCCCGAACUGCUCCACACGCAGCAUACAGCCGUCUUCGUCAAGUCGCCGACGUUGCCACCUCUGCCAAGCCUACGCGUUCCCCCGCCAUUGACCCCAGAAGGUACCCCAGCCGUGCCGCCUCCUGAGAAGUCAUUCCUGCAAAAGUACUGGAUGUACAUCGCCGUCGCGGCGGUCGCGCUUCUGAUUGCCCCGGCGGGCGAGGAAGAGAAAGAAGGUGGUGGCGGCGGCGGCGGCGGUGGCAGGCGAUGA